AUGAGCAUUAAACCGUUCCCAGAAUUAUCUCAAGAGCAAGAAAAAGAACUUGUGACUAACUUGUCACAAUGGUCGCUUGGAAAUGGGCUAGUUAUGUACCCACCCAAAUUUGAAGGUUUCCAAGCCAACGUUGCCCCAAUCACGUUGUUCCCAACACCUAUUCCCAAAACAAGUUUCCAACGUGCAGUCAACGUUCAAAAAUUAUUUAACGAAUUAUACAUUAAUGUGAUAACAAAGGACGUAAAGUGGUUCUUAUCGAUCCUCGAUGACUUGUCCAAACAUGAUCCCGAAUUUACUGGAAGAUUAUUCGAGGUGUAUCAAAGACUGAGCAAGAUUCAACCAUUGUCUUUAGGGUUAUUUAGAUCCGACUAUAUGAUACAUCAAGACACCAAUGAAAUCAAACAAAUUGAAUUCAAUACUGUAAGUGUGUCAUUUGGCGGGUUGUCUUCCAAAAUCGGGCAAUUGCAUCAGUAUUUAAACGGCACCGGACAGUAUGACAGCAAGUACAACUACAAAUAUUACGAUGAUGAAGAAGAAAUCCCUGUUUCAACCUCAGCAAGUGACUUGGCCCAGGGUUUGGCUGAUGGGAAUUUCUAUUAUCACAAUGGAGAGCAAAAUACUUCUAGUGUUGUUUUGUUUAUUGUGCAGCCAAAUGAGCGAAACAGUUUUGAUCAGAGACACGUGGAAUAUGCAUUGUUCCAAGAUCAUGGAAUAAAAUCAGUGAGAUUAACUUUGGAAGAAGUUGAGGAUCAUGUAACUGUAAAUCAGAACCGAUUAUACAUUAAAUCGACCAUGGAUGAGGUUUCGGUGGUAUAUUAUAGAUCAGGAUAUGCUCCUAGUGACUAUGAUGUUAACCCAGAAAAAACUUGGGCUGCUAGAUUGCUAUUAGAAGAUACCUUGGCUAUUAAAUGUCCGUCAGUGUUGACACAGUUAUCAGGAACGAAGAAGGUUCAGCAGUUGUUAACGAAAAAGGAGGUCGUCUCCAAGUUUUUGCCAAACUCGGGUGAUCAAGAAUUGAAGGAGGUGUUGUCGACUUUUGUUGCAAUUUAUUCGCUAGAUGAUUCAGACGAAGGCGAACAGGCUAGAAAAUUGGCAUUUGAAGAACCCGAAAAGUUUGUUUUGAAGCCUCAAAGAGAAGGUGGCGGAAAUAAUGUUUAUAAGGAAAGCAUUCCGUCGUUUUUGGAAAAAUUGGACAAGCAAGAGUGGGGUGCAUAUAUUCUAAUGGAGUUGAUAAAUCCACCCACCCAUAAGAAUAAAAUCAUCAGAAACAACGAAGUCUUUCAUGAAGAUAUUAUAUCUGAAUUAGGGGUGUUUGGAACAACGCUUUUUAAUGAAAAGACGGGUGAAAUCUUGACCAACAAAAAUGCAGGUUGGUUGUUGAGGUCUAAGUUUAGUAGCAGCAAUGAAGGUGGAGUUGCUGCUGGGUUUGGAUGUGUAGAUAACAUAUAUUUAUAUUAG